GUCACGUGACCGUUCCCUCUCCACCACAUCCGCCGCCUGUUUAUUAAAUCCGUUCUCCUCUCUUUUCUCGCUUUCACCAUUGAGCAGAUACAAAAGAAACUGCUUGGUCUGCAUUCUCAAUUCACCCGGCAAACGAGCGGCCGCCGAUUUCAUCCCUUUCCUCUCCCUUGCAAUCGCCAUUUUUUCCUCCAUCCUUCCACCCAUCCAAGCAGGGGCGUCAUGGACAGCGACUACUUGGAGAACCCCCUUUACAGCGAGCUCAAACACUUUUGCAGGAAUGUCCAGCAGGCCUACAAUGAGCUCAAGGAGGAACUGACACCCUACAGGGAUGAGCGCUUUUACAGGCUUUCUUUUCCUGCUCCGCCCCACUUUGGAUGGCGUCAUACUACACUCGUGUUUUCACCCAGUUGGCUUCUUCAACGCGGAUGUAGUCUCACCGCCAAAGUGACUUUUCUUGACAAAACGGCACAAAUGGAGCCACUGGCGCCCAUGCGCCUCUACACACUGUCCAAAAGACAUUUCGUAUUGGUCUUCGUGCUCUUCCUCGCUUGUUUCGGCCUCACAGUUUUAAUCGGAAUUGCAGGCCCAAAGAUUCUUUCUGAGCAGGUGUAUAAUGGGGACCAGUUCCUUGCCAAAAAUGUCUCCGUUCAGACUGGGCCCUUCGGUCUAAUUUCCCCUCCUCUCACCACAUAUCAUCAGCAGCUGUGGCUCACCUGUAUGAUUCAGGCUCAACACAGCAAUGUGGGCGACUUCCAGCAGCCUUUUGAGAUCGACGUGGAGCUCAAGGGUGUGUUGCCGGAUGCCAGCGUGACGCAUGUCAACAGCGUCCGCAGCAAGUCGCGAACGCUACACUGCGGUACCAAAUGCGACGAGAUCAUCGUGCUGCAUCUGGGCUACCUCAACUACAGCCAAUACCAAGUCACGGUCAGCUUCAGAGGCCUUGAAAACAUCACAUACGACCUUAAGGUCAACUUUGCGUGGAAAACCUACAAUCCCACCUUUUCCCAAGUGGAGAUCUGGUUCCGCUUUGUCUUUGUGCUGCUGACCUUCAUGGUCACGUGUCUCUUUGCUCACUCGCUGAGGAAGUUUUCCAUGCGGGACUGGGGCAUCGAGCAGAAGUGGAUGGCCAUCCUCAUGCCUCUGUUGCUGCUCUACAAUGAUCCGUUUUUCCCGCUGUCCUUCCUGGUGAACAGCUGGUUUCCCCGGACGUUGGACGCCUUCUUCCAGGCUCUGUUCCUGUGCGCCCUGCUGCUCUUCUGGCUCUGCGUCUUCCACGGCAUCCGUGUUCAGGGCGAGCGGCGAUGCCUGACCUUCUACCUGCUGAAGGUGGUCAUCGUGGGCCUUCUGUGGCUGUCGGCCGUCACGCUGGGCAUUUGGCAGACGGUCAAUGAAGUCCAAGACCCCACCUACCAGUACUAUGUGGACAUCCAGAACUUUGAGGGCAUGAAGUUGUUCUUCCUGAUUAUCGUCCUCCUCUACGUCCUCUACUUGACCUUCCUGAUUGUCAGAGCCUGCUCGGAACUCAAGAACAUGCCCUACUCAGAUCUGCGGCUCAAAUUCUUGACAGCGCUGACGUCUGUGGUCCUCGCUAUAAGCUUGGUCAUUCUUUACUUGAGGUUCGGUGCCAAGGCGCUCCAGGACAAUUUUGUGGCCGAGUUGUCCACUCACUACCAAAACUCAGCCGAGUUUUUGUCCUUUUACGGACUGCUCAACUUUUACUUGUACACGUUGGCGUUUGUGUACUCUCCCUCCAAAAAUGCCCUUUAUGACUCCCAGUUGAAAGACAAUCCCGCUUUCUCCAUGCUAAACGACUCAGACGACGACGUCAUUUACGGCAGCGAUUAUGAGGAAAUGCCUUUGCAAAACGGACGUGCCAUCAAAGCGACCACCAAGUUCCAUGACGAGAGCGAUAGCGACUGAUACGGUGGAGGCAAACAAACAACAACAACAACAAAAAGCAUCAUGUUUAUGUGUAAAUAAGAAAUAUUUUCACAAUGAUACUCUGCAAGUGUACAUAUGAAUAUUUUUUAAGAACAGGGCCACUUCUCCAGAAAUGGACUGUACUGUAGGUCUACUGAAAAUGGAGGAUUGUCUUUUUUUUUUGUUUGUUUUUUGGAAAUUGCAAGAUUUAUUUGCCAUUCACAACCAGUAUUUCUUCACGAUAAAGAAGUAAUGGGGCCAGAUGUAAAAUUAUGAUGGGGUUAUGGGUACCAUAAUGCUCCGAGAAUGAAGUCGGAAUGGUUCAGAAAUGAAGACUAAAGAUUUAUUCUUGCACGUCUCAUGUAAUGUGACCACAUGAUUCGUCAUGUUGCAAUUGUCAUGUUGAGAGGACAUUUGAAAUUGAAGUUGUAUCAUAAGAACAUGGUUUAAAUUCCUGAAUGUCACAAAAUUACAACUAUUUUUUUUUUGUUUGUUUUGCUUGUAAAUGAGAAUUUCAGCCUCAUCCUAAUCAUGUGACAUAAUUCUGUUCAGUUUGACCUUAAUACUCUUUUGGACGUCACACGUCAAGCUUUUGAAGUAAUAUGAAAAGUGCAAAUAUUUAUAAGGGUUUUUUUUUUAUCUUUUGCUUUUGUUUUGGAAAGACGGUCAACAUUUUAUACCCUUUCUGUUCAACUACUGAUAUCUGUACUACUGCUGUGGUUGUCAGUGCAAGCUACUGUGUGACCAAAUUUUUUUUUUUCUCACAUUGUGAUGAUUAGGAAGUAAACACGAUGGCAUAUCAGCGCUGCAUUCAUGUACAGUAUAGUAAGUGCCAAAGCUGUGUUUCUGCAUUUGUUCCAAAUCACAGGGGCAGUACUGUACCAUAUUUCUUACUGUCUGGGAAGCGGGGAAAGUUUUUUUCUGUAAAUGCACUUUUUUUUUGUAUUUAUUUGUUGACAUUUGGUCCUGUAUCGUUUGAUGAAUUAUGCGAAUUUGUACUUCUAUCGACUACUGUUGCCAUUUUCUUACAUGCUACUGUCCAUCAUUGCCUUUUACGUAGAUGUGUUAAAACAGGAUGUAAACGUUCUUUUCUUCACCACACAGUGCACUCAUAUGCCAAACGUUUGCCGCCCUUUGCUUCGUCCGAGUUGACAGGGAGCCCAAACACACGUCACAUGUAUUCCAAUCGACCUGGUGCCUUUUCUUCCUGUCAAACUGAUGAGUAAACGGCCAAAAUGUACUCAGUUUCAAGUGCUGAAACGAGACGGCGGGUCCUGACGUGUUUCAAAUCAAGGACAUACAAAAUAAAUACAAUCUCUUUGAAAAUAAUAAA